CUUUAUCGCGGAAGCUGACGUCACUGAGCGCGCGUGCACGCGCCCUUCAACCCACAUAUUACAUCCUCCUUCUUCUGCCAUCAGAACAUCUCAGAUCCGCUCAGCAAACCGCUUCACGCACCGUCGAGGACGCAGAGACAUUUCACACCCUCACACCUGAUAUCAUGGCUUCAGUCCUGGAGAAACUCAUCACCUCUCUGAGCAGCGGCCCGGCUGAACCUCCCACCAACAAGGUGACUGUGGUGGGAGUGGGGCAAGUGGGCAUGGCCUGCGCUGUUAGCAUCCUGCUCAAGGACCUGUGUGACGAGCUGGCGCUGGUCGACGUGCUCGAGGACAAACUGAAAGGAGAGAUGAUGGACCUGCAGCAUGGCAGCCUCUUCCUCAAGACCCAUAAGAUCAUCGCCGAUAAGGACUACUCUGUGACGGCCAACUCUCGCAUCGUCGUGGUGACGGCCGGCGUCCGUCAGCAGGAGGGCGAAAGCCGCCUCAACCUGGUGCAGAGGAACGUCAACAUCUUCAAGCACAUCAUCCCUCAGAUCGUCAAACACAGUCCCAACUGCAUCCUCAUCGUCGUCUCCAACCCGGUGGACAUCAUGACGUACGUGACGUGGAAGCUCAGCGGCCUUCCCAAGCACCGCGUCAUCGGCAGCGGCACCAACCUGGACACGGCUCGGUUCCGCUUCAUCAUGGCCGAGAAGCUGGGCAUCCACGCCAGCAGCUUCAACGGCUACGUCCUGGGAGAACACGGAGACUCCAGUGUGCCUGUAUGGAGCGGCGCUAACGUCGCCGGAGUGAACCUGCAGAAGCUCAACCCGGCCAUCGGGACCGAUGCGGACAGCGAGAACUGGAAGGAGGCUCACAAGAUGGUGGUGGACAGUGCCUAUGAGGUGAUUAAGCUGAAGGGUUACACUAACUGGGCCAUUGGAAUGAGCGUCGCUGAUCUGACUGAGAGCCUGGUGAAGAACCUGAGCAGAGUCCAUCCUGUCUCCACCAUGGUCAAGGGCAUGUACGGGAUCGGUGAUGAGGUUUAUCUCAGCCUGCCCUGCGUCCUGAACUCCAGCGGUGUGACCAGUGUGAUCAACAUGACCCUGAGUGACGGUGAGGUCGGGCAGCUCAGGAAGAGCGCUGACACUCUGUGGAACAUCCAGAAAGACCUGAAGGACCUGUGAAGUCCUCCUGUAGCGGCCAAACACACAGACACACACUUCUAACACCCCCACUUAACACAUAGAUGUAGGAAGUGGAUAUAUUUUUGUGUUUUUCACUUUCAUUGUUUAAGCUCUGAAUCCUUUCUUUCCUUCUGUGGCGUGAAUAACGUUCUGUAACGUCAGUUUUUCACAAAUCUAUAGAAGCGAAGGAGUUUUGUAGUCUUUCUGGAACCAGACUGAAAUAUAGCGAUAUAUUUCCCUAAAAAACUAAAUCUGAGUCAAAAAUAAAUACAUCAUUCAUUAAAUCCUAA